AUGCACGAGAUUGUGACCUUACAAUUUGGCCAUUUUUCUAACUAUGUUGGUGCGCACUUUUGGAACGCUCAAGAGGAAUAUUUUUCAUUCGAUACUGGCCAACAUGCUCAAGAAACUGACGUUCUCCAUGACACUCUCUUUCGCGCGGGCAUUGCUCAAAAUGGAAUCGAAACUUAUACUCCACGGUUGAUUAUUUAUGAUUUAAAAGGAGGAUUUGGUUCUAUUAAAAAGAUGAACAGACUUUAUGAUGAGACUUCAGAUUAUCAAGACGCUGACCAGAAAGAAUGUAAUUGGAAUUGGAAGUCUGAAACUUAUGCACAGGCUCCCUAUCCAAAGAAUGAAUAUUUGCAAAGUUUGGAAGAAGAGGAAGAAAGGGACCUUCCCGAUGAAUCUACAGAUAAUAUGGAUAAUAUGGCAAUUGAUUCGACAGAAAAAAAUUUCCAUUUGGAUGAGACAGUGAUGAUGUGGUCUGAUUUCAACAGAAUUUAUUAUCAUCCAAAGAGCAUCAAUACCAUUUCCAAUUAUCAAUUUGGUGAUGAGAUUAUUCCUUUUGAUGUUUUUUCUUAUGGAAAAAAUGCAUAUCUAAGUCAACAAAAGGAGGAAGAUUCGUUUGAAGAAAAUUUUAGGUUUUUUACGGAGGAAUGUGAUGCAAUACAG